AUGCCCGCUAUAUCUGGGACGAGCAAUAAGGAUAGAUUGAUGCAGAUGAUAAUGGAUAAUUUCAAUACGUUAUAUAUGAAAGAUAUAGAAUUGCAGGCUUCCCAAUUGACAAUUACAAAUUUGAAACAUCUAAAUAGCUCCCUUGUUCAAAAGCUGAAAGAUGAAAAAGACAAGGUAUCUAAAAUAUCUAAGAUUGUUGCCAAACUUGAGUCCGAGCAUACGCUGCUAAAAUCUGAGAAUAAGACCCUUAAACAACAAAUUGAAAACUUAGAAUCUGAGAACAAGACUCUUAAAGAUAAACUUGAUAAUGUUGAAGAAUAUGAGACCGGAGAACAUUUUCAAAAUAAUUUUCAAACCAAAUGA